CGUUACCAACCUAACCAUCCUCAGCACCACCACCACCAUCAUCGUCACAGCCCGCCACCGUCAACAGUAUACAGCAUUUCAGGGGUUGAAGCUGGAGGUGCUGCUUCAAUCGCUUUCAUCUUCGUCUACACCGCCGCCCGCCCAGACUCCCUGCCACGAUGCCCUCCCGCGACGACGGCACAGCAUCGGCUCCCCUCCUGGGCGGCCAGGACGAGCCUCGCGAUGUCCGCUUCGCCAUCUCUGAAGAAGAUGCAGAGGAUCCUCGUGGGUCAGUCCAGGCAGAGCAAGAGGAGGAGGAGGAUGUGUCAAACAAAUAUCCCCCACCCUCAUCACUCCCGCCGUCAUAUAGAGAAGCAACACAUCGCCGCGAUCCCUGGUACAAGUCUGAGGUGGCCCUCUCACUCCAUCACUACGGCAGAAUAUGUCUAGGUGGCUCAACCAGCUUCUUGCGCAAAUACUGGCCGACGAGUAGAUUUGCGCAGGCAGGCUUCUUUAUUGUAGGACUGUGGAUCCUCGUCAUCGUCAGCGGGCCGACGUGGGACAAGACGAGCAGAUUAGGCAUGGGCAACGGGAUAGAUGAUCUCCUCACAGCCCUUCCGCCGCCGCCGCUAAUGGGAGAUGGGCACUACCUCCAAUCAGCUGUGUGGUCCUCUCCAGCCUCAUGUCACCCAACCCGACACGGAAUGGCGACCUACUGCACUCGCACAACGAACUUCAAUCUCACCUACCCGCGGGCGGCAAAUUCCUUCCACUCAUCGGACAAAGUAUUCAUCUUUGUCGACCCCCUGCGCGGCCACGGAUUCAGCGACGAGCGCGGUCGAGCCCCGGCGACUGUAGAGGUCCAAGUAGAUGACAAGGCACCCAAAGAAGAGGCUAUGGUCAAGGUGGAGGCUCGCUAUGAGCAGGAACUUCAGGCGCUGCUGGAGAGAGCGAAUGUCGGGCUUAUGAGCGCGGGAAUCAGGGAUAGGGGCGUGGGCAUCUAUACGUGGCCCCUGCCCUACCAUCUGAGAGUGGUGCCGCAGCACGUCUACCCUUACCCGCUGCUCUCAUUCAAGAUCGUGGUCAAAUUGCAUCCAGAGGCACAGAUCCCGAACUUUGUCCUUGACGGAGCGAACAUGGACGUAGGGAUGUUCAGGGACCUGCCCGGCCAGGGCAAGAUGAAUGUUGUUGCGCCAGCCAAAACCACGAUCGGCAAGCAGGAACGACGCAGCGAGGAAGGUCUCCAAAUGCUGGACAUUGGACGCCUCAAGACCGCCACCUCGAAUCUUCGUCUCGGCCACGCCAUAGGCAAGCAUCGCGCCGAGGUCCGGCAAGCGCUGAGGAAACGCGCGGACGACACCUCCUCCUGGCCCUUCUUCGGCAUCGUCCGUCUUCUGACCGGGCAAGGUGAUGUCCUCUUUGGCGGGCGUACUCAUGUCAUGGGGCACAUUUGGGCAGCGACAAAGGCAGGCAAGAUCGACCUCGGCGAAGAGGCUAGGCUCAGGGGUAUCGAAGUGCACCUCGAAGCCGAGCCGGCUCAACCUCAUACGCAUGGCGAGGAGGUGGCCAAGGCGACGGCCAUGUCGUCCGGUGGGGAUAUCCUGCUGGGGAAGGGGACGCAAAUCGACGCAAAGGAUAUCGUCUCGCUCACUUCGCGCGGCGCGAGGGGGAUCGCCCUAGGGGACGAUGCGUGGAUCUCUGCGACGCGCCUGAACGCAGACGUAAAGGGCGCUGGUGGCAUAGCGUCCGCAGACUCAGCGGAGUGGCGCACAAAUCAUAGUCUCGUCCUCAACGCCCCUUCAGGAGGGAUCGUUGCUCCCGUGUCCGUCUCGCCGCCCGCACGUCGUGAGCUGGGCACAGGGACGGAGCAGCGCGCCUGGGUAGGAGUGGACGCAACUGCAGGCAAGGGCGACGUGGCGUUGCGCUUCAAGAGUCACGAGGCUGGCACACCGGUGAGGGUGAAUGCGAAGAGUCAAGAGAGGGGCAGCGUGGAGGUGGUGAUGCGGCCCGAAUUCGCCGGAACGUGGCACGUCAAGGCGCCGAACCGCGCUGGAUCGAGCGUUACGCCGCCCAGGACUGGGAGCGACGGCAAGGAUGCGAGAGGAGCGAGAGUUUUCGAGAGCAAGGAUGUGCAAGCGGGCAAGGAGGCGUUCGAGGCCUCAGGCGAGGUGUGGUGGCGCAAGAAGGAAGGCGACAAGCAUGCGACGGGAGAGGCGUGGGGCAGCGUUGAGAUUGAGGCUGCGGCAGGGAGCAAGGAGGCGGCUGCCAGGCUGUCCUUUGAUGGGUGAGAAAGGGCACUGGCACUUGCCUGCGACACAGCUGUCCAUAUUUGAUGCGGGCAAGCCGGUGUGCUUCCUCUCCGGGUACGCACACUAUCACCUCUCAUUGACUUUACUCCAUGCCGAAUCGGAAUUGUAUCAUUGUUCCCCUCAGCUAAAUGGAUUGGCAACUAGAGAGGCUCACCUGGGCAGUAAUGGAGGCUGCUGCAGCUCUCGAGGGUAUGUGUGAGAUCUAGAUGUAUUAUGGUAGAGCGCAUGAGGGAAGAACCGCCUACAACCUCCAGCCAGUGGCGCCUACCCGGUCUUGUUUAGGUGGCUCACGGUAAUGCCAU